GCUGCCCUCUGCGUUUCCUGCGACCGGGAUAUCCAUUCGGCAAACCCACUCGCUCGUCGCCACGAACGUUUUCCAGUGGUGCCUUUCUACGAAUCGGCCGCCUCGGCCAUGAAAUCCAACUCAGUUAACCUCCUCGUCCCCGAAGGUCUCCUCAAGUCCUCCGACGACGAUGAAGACCAUAACGACGAUGACGACGAUGCCGACACGUGCCGCGAGGAGGCGGAAGCUGCUUCAUGGCUACUUCCGAACCCUAACCCUGCUAAGCUCAUGGAAACGCCGCAUCUGAAAACCGGAGACUAUUUUUUCUCCGACGUUGAUCCGUAUCUCGACCUCGACUACGCGUCGUCCAUGGACGCGAGGUAUCACCACCAGAAUAGCGCCGGUGCUGAUAGUGUAGUUCCAGUGCACACCAAACCCACUCCGUCUCCAUUUAUGCAUCCUUCCGACCAGUGCUUCGACAUGGAUUUCUGCCGAUCCAAGCCUUCUUACAGCUACACCACGCCAUCCCUUAGCCAGAGCGUAUCAUCGUCUUCGUUGGACGUAGGAGUAGUGCCGGACGGGAGCAGCAACACGAUCUCCGACAUAUCGAAUCCGUUCGGACGGAAGGGAGGAAUCGAUGGAACCUUGGGCGCGGGGAACCACGGAGCGUCGCAGCUGUCAGGAAUGGACCGCGAAGCGAGGGUGUUGAGGUACAGAGAGAAGAGGAAGAACAGGAAGUUCGAGAAGACGAUCCGCUACGCAUCGAGGAAAGCAUACGCUGAGACGCGGCCUAGGAUUAAAGGAAGGUUUGCGAAACGGACGGAGAUCGAAAUCGAAGUCGAUCGAAUCUACUCCUCCGCCGCUGCUUUGAUGGCCGAUACUGGGUACGGUAUCGUCCCUUCAUUUUGAUCCGACGGUCCAAUCCGUCGAUCCUGUAUUAAACAAUACUAUAAAAACCGUAAACCGUUUUUGAAGAUGAUGCUGUUGUUGUUGUUGUUGUCUGUAUUGAUAAUUAAUCAAUUACCUCUGUAUAUCAGUAUGUGUGAUAUUCAGGAUUUUUAUCGGUGGAAUACUAACCGUCGAUUUGCAGAAGCUAUAGCUUAAGUUUUGCUUCCGAGAAGCAUGAUAUAGAAGCUCAGUCCCUCCCACUUUCUUUACAGGGGCUUUAUCCUUAGAUCAAAAUCUAUCUUCUUUUGCCUUUUUUUUUUUAUCUCUUUAUGUAUCUGUUUCUGAAGUUUUAUUGGUCUAUAUGCCAAGSUCUCAUUUCUCUUGCUUA